CACAACAACAUGAAACCGAAGUAACGGGCAGAUACGGGGUCACGUGAGAUAUAUUGCCGGAAACUUGCAGGUCUUGCCGAGAUUGGCCGAAUGACGUUGCGGGUCUCAAAUGCCCGCCGCAUUUUUUGUAGGAGCCAAUUUACCGGAUCUCGCGACCGGCCAUUUACAACCUCAUUCGCAUAAUUACAAGCCUAUCUUUAAGAUUUACCUACCUCACUCAUUAAGCUAUCCAACCUUUACAGACACUAUCUUUUUAUCCAUCGCAGAACAAUAUCUUCUACAAUGCCGCCGAACAUGAAACCAUUAAUGCGCGUGGCGCGGCUCCAAUCCGCACUGUCGCGCACCCACUACCCCCGAGCAUUCGCUUCCAAAGGGGGGAACCCGCUCCCAGGCGGCACGCCGGGCGAAUCGUCGACGCAGGCAAUGCCGAUAGGCCCGUACUACGAGUCCAUGCUCACGGACCCGCAGCCCAUCCCCAAGGCGAAGCCCGAGGCACCGCCCGCCUCAUCGCCCAAGUCUCCGCGCGCGAAGAAGGCCGCCGCCGAGCCGAAAUCGAAGGCGAAUGACAACAGCGGGGGAUCUUCUUCAUCAUCAUCAACAGGUACUGCAACAUCCACCACCACCACCACUUCUACUUCAACUUCAACUUCCACAACUUCUCCUCCUUCCAUCACAAACGCCACGACGGGAGUCCCGCCGCAACCCUCGGCGGAGCCCGCCACGGCGCAGGAGAAAGCGCGCAUCAUCUUUGGCUCCCGUCUCGCUGGUCCGGCGGAGCGCGCUGACCGCUUACAGGCCAUCCGCGAUCGUAGCACCCUGGUAGCAGGCGUCCUGGUGCCGCCGCGGCCCGAGGAGCCCGACAACUGCUGCAUGAGCGGGUGCGUGAACUGCGUCUGGGACCGGUACGGGGAGGAACUCGAGGAGUGGGCGGCGGCGUCGACGCGGGCCGAGGCCGCAUUACAAGCGCAACAAUCACAGAAAACGAAAUCAAAGACAGUUGGAGAUGCGAAAAAGACGACGAGGCCACCACCGUCAAUAGCUAUGAGCAUGGACGACGACGGCGGCGGCAGCGAGUCGCAUUGGCGACAGCCCUCUGGGCAGGAGAAGGAGGAGAUAAUAGCCAAGAAAGCAGAUAACAAAGGUCCUCCCAAGAUAGCUAAGGAUCUCUGGGACGACGAACUGUACAGUAAUGUCCCCGUCGGGAUCCGCGAGUUCAUGAAGCAGGAAAGGCGACUCAAGAAAAAACAUGAAGAAGAGGGCACGUUUGGCGCUUAGAACAAAGACAAGAGCAUUCAGAUGCG